GGAAAGGAGCUUGGACGACUUUUUCGCGAAGCGGGACAAGAAGAAGCGGAAAGAGAAGAGCAGCCGGGGGGCCGCCUCGGCAACGGCCGCCUCCUCGGCGGCCUCGCACAACGCCCCUGCCAACGCUUCUGGCGGGGGCGGGGGGAGCCGGCAGGGCGAGGGCGGCUCCGGGACGGCCUCCAAUGCCAACGCCGCCGCGACGAAGGGGGGAUUAAGGAGGAGGAUGAGUGGAAGGAAUUUGAGCAAGAAGAAGUAAUUGACUACAGUGGUCUCAGAGUUCACUCCAUGCAAAUUAGUGAAAAAGAUGAUGAAGAUGGUGAAAAGAGGGAAGAGCCAAGGGAUAACAGUGAAGAACCAGGUGGGGGUAUGGAUAAGUUGUCAGGUCCUUGGAAUAGAUCUGCUCCUACACAGACACCUGUUGCUGAAAUUAUUGAAGCCCCAGAGCCAGUCCAGUCCAGUGGAGUAUAUAGGCCACCCGGAGCAAGAGAAACUAGAACAAGGAAAGUGCCACAAGGACCCCCAGAGAUUUAUAGUGAUACACAAUUCCCAUCGUUGCAGGCCACUGCCAAGCAUGUAGAUACUAGAAAGGAUAAAGAAAUGGAGAAGAGCUUUGAAGUAGUAAAACACAAAACUAGAGGUAGGGAUGAGGUUUCAAAAUCCCAGGCAACUAAACUUCAGCUAGACAACCAAUAUGCUGUGCUUGGGGAUCAGUAAAGCUGUACACACAUUACAAUUAAGGAAUGGUUAUUUGAUACCUUUCCAGUCUAAGGUAACUAAACCACCUAUUAUGAACAUGCCGUCUUAUAUCUGCUGGAUCUACUGCAACAAGUGCAGACCUCUUUGACGUAAGUGAUUUGCUCUAUGGAAGUAUGCUUAAUUUGGUACAUCUGACACUUCUUUUGGAUAUGAGGGAAAUUAAUGUAACUGGUCGAACAAGAGUCCCCAGUGUUUUGAUUACUCUGCAAAAGCUAUCGGCAGCCAGUGGUUAUUUCAAAUUUUUUUAUGUUCAGAUACUGAGCCUUCGUAAGGGUUGACUACCUCAGACUUGCUGCACUCAUUGUGGACACCAUGUGGAUCACAACUUCUGGAAAAGGUUACAACUCUUUAGUGGCCAUCUGAAACUCGAAACCAGCUCUACUGGAUUCCUCUCAGAAAUCCUGCAGAAGUCAGCCAUCUGGGUUCUGAUUUAUUCUAAAUGACAAAUUUAAGUGACCUUAAAUGAGCAAUUUGUCCUGUGCCCCCAUUUAUUAUUCCAUCCUUUCAUAUGUAGCCAUAACUUACUAGGAACCUCUAGCAUAUACCACUUUCAAAAAUAUGCAGUGUAGUGUUGAGCUGUUUGUUUGGGUUAUGUUUCAAUUUAGGUUUCCAGAAAAUAAAUAUCCAUCCAGAUAGAAAACUUAGGUAGGGACACUAGUCUGCGUAUAUUAACUGGUUUCAUCUAUGUAAACUCUUUUAUUUUUUAAAAAAAUGCCUUUUUUUUUGGCUUGAGAAAUUGCAGCAUAGUCAAGUAGCAGUAUGGAUUAUGCAGACUAUCCAUACAUUAUUUUUUCUUUAUUUUCAAGUGACUAGGAUUUCUGUAGAUUUGCAUUCAAUGGCCAACAAAUGUCUAUGCGCCCCUAGUCUGUGGAGCUCAUUUUUGAAAAAUUCAAGCCGUAUACUUAACCUUAACAAUGUAUUAUGGCAAGUAUCAGCUGUUGGUCGCACACACUAUUGUAUUUGCAGGAUGGAAGUAAUUAUAUGUCUAGUGAAAAAUGUCAUUUGUUGUGGUUUCUUACUGGAAAUAUUCUGGAAAUGUGUUGCACUUAUGACAGUUUUUUGUCUGUUGCCCAAAGAUUAAGUGAAAACUUCAGUCAAAGAUCAGUCUUCUGACCAGCUGUGUGACAUUUGGAGAGAUACUAGUACAAUAACACUUAUAUGCUAAGAUUUGUGCUUUACUGUACAGUAUGACACUGAUCGUGAAUAGAAUUCAAACCAACUCCCAAAGAGAUACCUGGGGUACAGAAGGUAAUCCUCCCUAAAUUUUCUUCUCAACUAAAUCUUGAUGUGGCUGCUGCUGCUACUGUGUCUUUUCAAGAGUCCUGUUGCUUUCUUGACUCUUGAGCAGGAAUUCAGACAUCCUCAGAGCAUACAGCUUUGUGAGAUGGGUAGGUAAAAUACAUUCAUAGGAAACAGCUUUAGUUAUAAACACGGGGUGACUUUGCAAUUGACGACUGGCUAUGAUGUGAAAUGAUUAAUAUUCUGGGUAACGAACUUUCCCCCUCUGCCUAGAAUUGCAUUGGCUUUGUGAUCAAAGAAUUGCUUGGCAUAAUUGAAAGAAAACGCUACUAAAUAGUUGCCUUUUGUAAAGCUAGGCCACUAGCUGUCCAUAUCACUGAAGUAAAUCUACAGCUGACACCAUUGAGUUGUGUAUCUUCCUCAAAGUGUGUUUCUUCGCCAACAAAACAUUGGCAGGGUAUUAAAGCUAAAGAUUAUGUGUAUAUGUAUGUCACUUAAUGACAUAGCAAAAACUUAAAAUUGCAACUUUGGCAUUUUAUGAAGCUUGUUACUACACAUGAAUCAAGUUUUAAUAUACUGUAUGUUAGAGUAGGAUGAAGCUGUCCUUUGUAUCUUCACUUGAGUUCUUGGGCAUGGUCGCCAAAGCAAGAUAACAUUGUAACAUUAAUAAAUAUAAUACAUGGCAAUGUACAUGGCUUCUGGAGUCUAAUGAAUCUGUACAUUUAGUUAUGAUGCUAUGUCAUUUAAACUGAGCAUGGCAAAAUGAUCAUGAAGUUGAAACUCGAGGCUGCAAUUUUUAUACAUGACAUGGGAGUAAGUUCCAUUGAACUCAGCGUGGCUUACUUCUGAGUAGAUGUGCACAGAAUUGGGACUUCAGAGCAGCUGUUGCUAAUGAAGAGUGAUCUUCGUUUAGCUUUGUCUGGUUACUGUCUACCUCACCCAUAUACUACUAUUAACAAAAGCCACAAACUAAUGGGAAGUAGCAAGUAAGCUGAUUGCUUGCUAUGGUGAGGAACUAGAAGUGCUGAGGUUUGUAAUCAGAGCCGCUGAUUACAAUCACUAAUCCCAGCUGGACAGCCUUCUGAAGUCCUAGAUCAGGGGUAGCCAUUGGACAUGCUGGCUGGGACUGAUGGGAGCUGGAGCAGCAUCUUGAGGUACCAUGUUGGCUGCCCAUUCCUUAGAGUCUGAAGCCUCAAAGAGAAACAUUUCACAUAGAAGAACUUGAUUCCAUUGGCCCAGUACACAUCUCACAUUCAACUACUGUUAAAAACAAACCCUGGUUUGAUGUGAGUGUACUGCACACUGGUGCGCAAUGCUGAACAAUUAUGAAAAGCUCCACUCCUGCUGCUGGGAAAGCCACAGUCUGGUUUGUUGUGAUGUCACCACCUGGGGUUCUUACCUGUUUCUCUGCAAACAAUGAGCAGUAACCAAGAUUAUUAACUUACUGCUUAGAGUGCAUUUCUGGGGAAACUAAGCCCAAUCAUUGGUUCAAGCAUUUUGAAAAGUCAAGGGCCUGGCUUGUUUCCUGGCAGCAGCAGAUGUGAGAGGAAAGAAAGCAUAUUCACAAUAAACCAGUUUUAACUAUGGUUUAACAUGAUGUGUAAAUCAGGCCAUUGAAGCACUAGGCCUCUGAAUUGUCUCUUUAAGUCACAAAUAUUUUCCAAAACCCAAGAUACAGCUCAAAGAAACAUGGCAUAUAGUUCUUUUCAUACUGCUGAAUCGCUUUUAGGACAAAGUGUAGUCCUACUUCCUUGGUAGGCUGAUAUGCAUAGAGGCAGUCUGUGACUAACCUUUAAUGCUGUGUGAAGUUGCUGGAUCCUUAUGUAUGCCUAUUUUACCUAUAUGAUGGGAUACAUCCUGUUAUAGAACUGCUUUACAGUUUAUGAUCCAUAGGCUAAAAGGAAAGGAAGAUUAAUUUAGGCAUAUCGAGAUUGGAAGUGAGUAAUGGUUCUUUCUUGACAUCUGUUGCCAGUUCAUUAUUGGUAAACUUUCAUGGUGAAGUUUUAGUUAUUAGCAUGAAGAAUCUGGCCCUGCUUUUUGUUUCUAGCAGCCACACACUAAAUUUCAGAAACGCCCCAACAGGAACAUUUCUAGUAUAUGUGCUGCCGAAGCAAGCACAAAUAGGAACAUUUCUAUCCCUGAAAUCAAGCCUUGUCUCGUGCAAUCCAUUUUCUAUUUGUGUUCUGGUAGCUAUUCUGUGAAUGGACGUAAGACUGACUUUUGGCAGAACGUGCACCAUAUUUGUAAUUGGUCAUAAAAAUAUUUAGUUGUAUUACUGCAUUAUUGACACUUUAUAAUGUUCAUGACAUCAUCUUGUUCAAAGCAGGCGUAAUAGUUGUAACCUAUUCAGUAAAGCACUUGAAAGCCAACUUCAUGCAAAGAAAGGAAUGUGAGGGUCAAAUAAGCCAGGCUUAAAUAAAAUAGGGUUUUAAUCUGGACUUUUGAUAGCAUAACAAGAAAUAUGUGUUGAUGGGUAGAGCUUUUUAUUCCAAACAUGGUUGGAUCAUUUUUAAUGCAUCUGUGAUGCAUGGUAAAGAGAUCCUAUGGAGUGGGUGUUCAUUCCAUGGAAGCAUUAGGAGUGCCUGAGAGCCUUUGCAUCACUUUCAGAGGCGUCUGUACAAAUGCUAUAAUGGUGUGGUUGCAAUGCAAGCUUUAUGCAAAUGUGGCUCUAACAGCAGCGCUCACAAACUUUAGGGGGUCAUGAGUGCCCUUGCACUGCUGGUGCAUCUGCUUGAUACCUGUAUAUUUGGAGUCUCAUUUGAAUAGGAGACUAUGUGCAUAUUGCCCAACCUGCAUAGGCCCAAACAGCACAAUUUUUACUCCAAGGACUUGGAGGUAUUGGGUUCUACAUGCAUAGGCUCCCAUUCAGAUAUGAGAUCCAGUAUGUUAGCAUCAGGUGAGCAGGGUCAUUCCUCAGCUUCCCACCACCACCUGUCAGGCUGUACUGUUAAAGCCAUGUCUGCAUAGACAGUGUCUUCUAUAUACUCUUAAUACUUGACUCCAGUGGGACCUGUAUGUGGAAAAGUUUAGUGAUGAGGCCUUAGACUGCUGUAUCCCUGAUAAUCCAUGUUAUAGCUGAAAGUGUGGACGGCUGCAAGUAAUGUUAGAAGAGUGAAACAAAAUCUGCAUUAUUUUGGAUAAACUGUGCCUAGGCCUAGAUAACUUAUAGAGUCAGAACUGAUAGUUUUCAUGAAGCUGUUUUUAAAGCAAGGUAGGCAAAAAUCCGAGUGCAAAAAUAUAUGCCACAUCGAGUAGGCUUCUUUGUAUAGUUUUAUUAGCUCAAAAGAGCCCACAUAAAGAAAAGUUGAUAGUAAGCAUUAAAUGAAACUUUCCUGGGGAGUAAGACUAAAAGGUGCAAAAUGUAAAAGAAUUCUAUCCUGGAAAGCAAUAUCCUUAUUUUACAUAAUACCUACAUAAAAGUGCCCAGGAAUUGAUUCACUUCAUCCUUGAGGUAAUCUUGUCCCAAAGCACUGAUGCAGCUAUAAAACUGCAUUUUUAUUCAAUGUGUCUGAAACAACACAGAUACUAAAAAGGAACUGCAGAAAAAUACUUGAAUUGCUCAUAGAGGAUUCAGAAAAUUCUGAAGAAUAAAUCCUACCAGCUCUAUGUGCAGGGGUGGGUGGCUUGUAUUUUUAAUGAUCCUCCAGAAACUCCCCAUAAGUAGAAAACAAAAAUAUAUAGGGUGUUGCCAGGCCCUAUAUGAAGCUUCAUAUAGAGGAGAGUAUUUGAAAAGUGCACCCAACCUGUAAUAUGAACUUUAGAAUUCUGUCGUUUCUAUUCUGCCAAAUCUGUAGAAUAGUUCUCAGAGGAAAGUAACAAUAGGAAGAAAUACUUUAGGAUGGUGUAUUAUCUCUGCAAAUAUGAACCUCCAGAGCCUUCAAGCUGCGAUUAGGUAAAUGGGGGUUACUAAAAUGAAAGAUUAGUUACUUCUAAAUAUAUAUAAAGUAACUUUAAGAACUAAAAAAAGUUUGACAUUUCUAUUAGAAUAUGAAUUACCAUAAGCGUUGCUGGUAUAUAGACCACUUGCUUCGAUUUAAAAUGUUAACAUACUUGCCAAAGGCAAGUCCAUGAACAUCAAUGAAAAGAAUUUGAUCCCAAACCAUUGCAAGGAUGAAAGCAAAGUCUGCUGCAAGUAUGGCAUAGGAGUGGGUGGAAGUCUUGUUGUGCCUCUGUUUUCUAGGCUGUAAAAGAUAAUGCUUCCCUACCUCACAGGGGUGUUGUGAGGCUGACUUCAAAAUGCUUUUGAGUUUUCCUGAUGGAAGGUGCUAUAGCAGUGCACAACAUAUAACUAAUCGGCCAACAUCUGAUGGCUGAUUCUGUCACCUUAUUCAACUUUUUCAUUACAGUAUUUUGCUACUACUAUAGAAGGCUUCUUUACAAAACAUUAUUUAAAUGUAUGGAUCAUGUAACAAUGGACUUUGCAAGAAGGCAUGGUUGAGUUUUCAAUCUUUAUGCAUCCCCCUUCUGGUUUUAUGUGAUUAACUGUGCAGCUCUAAUUGUAUUAACAAGGUUUUUUGGUUUUGCAUGGAAAUUACUUAAGAUCAAUUAUCAUUAUUAUUUUUUUGUAAACUCCCUGAAUGAAAUAAACUUAUGUUCACACUGUUUGUUA